GACGGCGUUUUGAAUUUACGUCACGUUGCUUUCGAUCAGGCGUGAGCUCCAAUGUGUGGCUUGAUAAUUACCCGUAUUUAUUUUAACCAUGUCUGUCUUUCAUGACGAAGUGGAGAUCGAAGACUUUGAAUAUGAUGAGGACACAGAAACGUAUUAUUUCCCUUGCCCCUGCGGUGACAAAUUUGCUAUUACAAAAGAAGAUUUAGAAAAUGGGGAAGAUGUAGCAACCUGUCCAAGUUGUUCGCUCAUUGUGAAAGUCAUCUAUGACAAGGAUGAAUUUAUGUCAGGAGAGGUGAUAGAAGCACCAUCAACAGAAAGCAAGUUUGAGCUUGUCCAGUCAUCUUGACAACUUAAUGCUUAUUUUAUAAUGUUAUCAUUCAAAAUUGUGGCCUUUUCUGUAUUUAUUUAUAUUCUCACAUGUAUAAGGACGGGAUGAAUGGUUGAAAGUUUGUAAUAUUCACAGAAUCCAGGGAUUCGUUUUACAAUCAGUACAAACGUGUUCUCUUGUAAAACUGUUGACACAGUAUAUGUUAAUAAACCAUAUUUGUUAUGAU